GGUUCGGAAGGGCGGGCCUUUAUUUUAGGUCACCACAAAAGCUCCUCCUUCUACUUUUCCCCUUUUUUGCAACAUAGAGACAAGGAAAGGAUGAAAAUGGGGACGCACAAUGAAAAUAGACUGACAGUUCCGGAUUCAGAAGCAGAAUGUGAGGGGAUGACUAAGAAUAAUAAUUAUUAAUAAUAAUGCAGGAUAGAGAUGUGGGGCGGUCAAGCAGCUCUCUCGCCUUGCAUUCUUUUUCUGUCAUGUCCUGCUGAUUGCAGCAUUCAAAUCGGAACGGAAGUGAGGAUGGUGUAAAUUUUUUCUAUCUCUAUGAGAAAAGGGGUCAUUAUUAGAGCACAGCGCGCCGAUGUCAGUGGUGGCGCAGUACUUAUGACGUAGAUUUUCCGCCCGGAAGCUUGACGGCGGCGGUGGCGGCGGCGGCUUCCUUGAGAGGCAACGUGACCGUAAAGGGUUGAGGAAAAAACUCCUGAAUUCUGAGAAGCCUGGACUACUUUUGCCUUAUGAAGUUUGCAACCGUGGAAGAUUACACUUUGCUACUUCGGACAAAAUGGCUAACUACAAACCUCUCAUAGUACAGUCUUUUCCAAAGCUUGGUGAGAAAGUAACAAAGGAUACUUUGUACUGGAAGAGUUACAAGGCUCCAAUUCAGAUAAAAGAGUUUGGUGCAGUGAAUAAAAUAGAUUUUUCUCCAGUUCCUCCCUAUAACUAUGCUGUCACAGCCUCAUCAAGGAUUCACAUUUAUGGUCGAUACUCCCAAGAACCAAUUAAAACAUUCUCUCGCUUCAAAGAUGUAGCUUACUGUGCUAUGUAUCGAGAUGAUGGGAAGCUGCUGGUUGCUGGCAGUGAAGAGGGCAGUGUUCGACUCUUUGAUAUCAGUGGGAGAGCACCAUUGAGACAGUUUGAUGGCCAUACUAAAGCAGUACAUGUUGUUGGUUUUCUGUCUGAUAAGUACCGAAUAAUAUCUGGAGCAGAUGAUUACACAUCAAAAGUAUGGGACAUUUCAUCCUCAUCAGAAAUCGUAUCUUACAAUGAGCACACAGACUACGUGAGAUGUGGUUGUACUGGUAAACUGAAUGCAGAUAUUUUUGUAACAGGUUCAUAUGAUCAUACUGUGAAAAUGUUUGAUACACGGGCAGAAAAAAGUGUCAUGACGAUAGAACACGGGCAACCAGUUGAGAGCGUUAAACUUUUUCCUUCUGGAGGUCUUCUUGUGACUGCAGGUGGACGUUAUGUUAAAGUCUGGGACAUCCUUAGAGGAGGACAGUUACUAGUAUCCUUGAGAAAUCAUCAUAAGACUGUAACCUGUUUGUGUCUGAAUAGCUCUGGUCAGAGACUGCUUUCUGGCUCACUAGAUAGGCAUGUGAAGGUUUACAGUACAACUUCCUACAAGGUGGUCCACAGUUUUAACUAUGAAGCUUCAAUUCUCAGUCUUGCAUUAGCACCUGAGGAUGAAACUCUAGUUGUAGGCAUGACAAAUGCAAUACUGAAUGUUAAACAUCGGAAGCGUGAAGACCAGCGAGAGCCUCUACAGAGAAGGCCUGCAUACAGGACCUUUGUGAAAGGAAGAAACUACAUGCCAAAGCAGGAGGAUUUCUUUGUCAGUAAACCUGCAAAAAAUUGUUUGAAGAAAUAUGACAAGCUCCUGAGAAGUUUCCAGGUUUCUAUGGCUCUGGAUGCUGUACUUAUGAAUCCAGUAAGAAGCAAGUCACCUGAAGUUACAGUUGCUGUCAUACAGGAAUUAAACCGCAGAGGAACGUUGAAAAAUGCACUUGCAGGGCGAGAUGAAAAACAGCUCAGUGUCCUCCUUUCUUUCUUGAUAAGCCAUGUGACUGAAGCAAGAUUUGCUCCUGUGCUGAUAAAUGUUGCAGAAAUGAUUAUAGAUAUCUACAUGCAUGUGGUCGGACAAUCCUCAGUUAUUGAUCAGCAAUUUCUAAAACUUCAGAAUCUCAUUGAAAAAGAGAUUGAUUUGCAAGAGGAAUUACUAGAAGUCUUGGGGAUGAUGGAUGCACUGUUUGCUACUGUAGCAAGAAAAAAGUCUGCUCCGCUGGAUAAGGACAAUACUGAUGGGUUAUAGAGGGCACUGCAACAGUGUCCAAUACUGGACAACUUCACCAGAGAAUUUAUUGCAUUCUACUCUUAUUUUCACCAAAUGUAUUUUCCACACCUUUUUCAAAAUAAUUGCUUUGAAGCAGGAAGAAAAAAAAGUAACUUUUGAAGGAUGUAAAUUACUGGUGACUGAAGAAUGAAGACCCCUUGGGAAAUAUUUUACUGCUGUCAGGGUUUUUUAAAAUUCAAAAGGUAUUUAACUGUUAAAACAAUUCUGCCUAUAUUGUAUAAAGCUGGACUUUAUUAAUACAAAUCCAUUGGGCUCUCAGUUUUAUGAUCUGUAUGAUCGCAUACAGAAUUCAAGCGGCUUCAUCUUUUUCUUCCAGUUUUCUUAAGAUGCAUUUAUUAAAUUCCCAACUAUUCAUUGAACUAGAAAUAAACAUGGUACAAUUUAAAUGAAACUAGAAUGACAUUGUUUUCCAUUUAGAUCUCUCACAUGGAAACAUUUGUGGCCAGUGAGGUCUGAUUUCAAGUGGGAAAAUGAUGUGUGGUGGUCAUUUCUUCAGUUCUCAACUUUUCAGGUUUGCUGUAUGUAUUUCAACAAGAUCUAGUUUUUGUAUUUAAUGGCAUCCAAGAGUGCUUAUGCAUUUCCCUUUUGAAAAUAACUUCAAAAAUCCAAAGGAUAAAAAUUUAACAUCAA